GGCGCAACUUGAGCCUUAUGUAGGAGACUACUACCUCUGGGCAUAUCUACCAUCAGUCCCAGCAGCUGUUAUCUUCCUCCUGCUCUUUCUGGGCGCCACCGUCUACCACUUCUGGAAGUUAUGGAAAAUGCGAGCUCGAUUCUGUCUCGCCUUCGCCAUUGGAGGCAUAUGUGAGCGCCGCUUUAUCCUUAGUUAGAUCGCAUUGGACGACCCUAACAAUAUUGCAGUCGAAGUUAUCGGAUACUGCGGACGAGUGGCUGCUUACAGCAAGACUGGAGAAAUCAUGCCUUACUGCAUCCAGAACGUAUUCAUCCUUCUUGGUCCGGUUCUCUUCGCCGCAUCAGUGUACAUGACCCUCGGCCGCAUCAUCCGCAGUGUCCGAGCCGAACAUCACUCUCUGAUCCGAGUCAAUUGGUUGACGAAAGUCUUUGUCCUGGGCGAUGUGCUGUCCUUCGUGGUCCAAGGUAGUGCAGCAGGCCUGAUGGCGACAGGAUCAAACGCGAAUAUGGGGAAGAACAUCGUGGUCGUCGGUCUACUGAUUCAAAUUAUUAUGUUCGGGCUGUUUAUUAUAACUUCGAUCAUGUUCCAAAGACGUAUGCAUCAGCACCCAACAGCCCAGGCAUGCGACCAGACGAUUCCCUGGAAAUCCCACUUGCACACACUCUAUGCAGUCAGUGUGCUGAUCAUGGUUCGGUCUAUAUUUCGGGUAAUCGAAUAUGCCAUGGGUCAGGAUGGGUACUUGUUGAGCCAUGAAUGGCCAAUGUAUGUCUUUGAUGCCUUGCUGAUGUUUGCUGUCAUGGUGAUCUGGGGAUUGUGGUACCCGGGAGACCUCAACUUACUGGUACAAAAGCCUCCCUCUGACACCAUGAGCAUGAACAGGCCCGAGGAAGGGUUACGGUGCCCAUAAGAUGGGCUACUCACGAAGCUGAUGAACUUGAAAAUGAAGCACUUCUGCUUAGAAGUACACACUCUACCUACUUUAGUCUUGUAUAUAACCAGAAUCAAUCACUCCAUCAUCAGAUAGAUCAGAUUCCUGUUUUGCAAUAAGCCUGGUUUAUAUACAACAUUGACGACGUUUAAACUGAAUUAAAUACAAUAUCUAUCACGUAUAG